AGCCAUCUCGGCUCGAGAUUUUGAGCGGGCUCGGGCUGGCCCCUCUGGAGGCUGGGCGUCUCGGGGUGGCCCCCUCGGGGCUUCGCGGCCCGCUGCAGAGCGAUGGCCGCCGCCGUGCUCGGCGCGGCGCUGGCGCCGCUGCCGCCGCCGACGCGCUGCCCGAGCUUCGCCCGCUGGCGGCCGCAGCCGCUGAGGUGGCCCAGGUCCUCUGCUGAGGGGCCGCCGCCGCGGCCAGCGCGAACAGCGGCCACGGCCGCGGCGGCCUCCGGGGCGGCAGCCGCGGUCUGCGCCAGGAGGCGCGGGCACCAGGCGCGCGCCGUGCGCGGGAGGGCGGCGGCCGCUGCCGCGGUGGCCGGGGCAGCCGGCGACGCCGCCUCGCCGCUGCAGAGGCUCGAGGAGCUGCGGCGCGAGGACCCCGACGCCGACAGGGUGUGGGCGGCGUACUGCGAGCGGAAGGGCGCGGGCCGGCUCGGGCCUGAGGAGCACGACACCGCGUUCGUGGAGCGCUUCGUUUCGCUGUUCGGCGGGGAGAGGUGCACGGAGGACGUGGUGGCCCAGCUCAUCCCGCUGGUGAGCGGGGACACGAACACCGCGGCCCGGUGGAAGAGCUACUGCCUGGAGGAGGGCAUCGGCGUGGACGACCCCAGGAUGCUCUCCAAGGAGUUUGUCGUGAGCUUCGUCGAGGCGCACGUGGACAUGGUCCGCGACGACAUGUACGUCGAGGACCUGCUGGCGCGCGUGAAGGCGAUGACCGCCGCGGACGCGGAGGCCGCGGAGCUCUGGUCGGCCUACGGGUCCAGGCUGCCGGACGGGCCCCCGACCGCCGGCUCGGUGCAGGCCUUCCUGGGGCACUACGCGCCGGGGCGGGCUUCGCCGGAGGCCGCGGCGCGGCUGGCGGCGCUGCUCGAGGGCAGCCCGGCCGCGCACUUCGCUUGGGGCGGCUACUGCCGGCAGGAGGGCAUCGGCAUCUUCGACCCCGCGAUGCUGCCCGCCUACUUUGUGGACCGUUUCCUGCAGGCCGUCGACGCGGGCUGCCUCCCUGCCGUGGAGAUGGCCACGGAGGGGUUGGCCGCCUCCGUGAGGCAGGUGCGGGCCGAGGACGCGCGCGGAGAGGAUGCGUGGGCCUCUUACUGCCGCGAGGAGGGCCACGACAGCCUGGACCCGCUGUGCUACUCGAAGGAGUUUGUUGAGGCUUUCUUAGCGAAGCGCACCGCAGGCACGGCGUAGGGCACAGAGGGGUAGGCUCCGCGUCCUGGCUCGCUUCGAGCUGCUCGGCUUGCGCAGGCCUGAGACUCGUGGCAGAGUAGGUCGGCUCUCGUGGCGUCAUCGCCUCUCCUCCUCGAUGCUCUCCC